UACUCUAUCGUCAAUGCCAGGUAGCAAGAAAGCUUUGUUAAUUCCCUGCCACAUCCUUAUUUUGUUUGAAUUUGAUUUCCCCUCAGGCAAAAGAAUUUCAGCAUUUCACUUUUUAGUUUUUUAAACUUUUUAAUGUUUCUGUAUUGGGUGUUAGCACACACUGUCUCCCAGACGUAUGCCAAAUAAUGAUCUGACAGUUUAGAAACCAGUGCAUAGGUCGCUAUUUGUGUCAUUAUUGGCAUAAUAACUUCAAGUUCUGUGUGCAGCUUUGGUCUAGAUUGUGGAGAUGUCUAAUGGAGGGAGGUUAUAAUACAUGUGGAAUUUCAAGAGAUGUGGGUGCUGAGAGAUGCUUUCACCGAUGCUGCCAUAGGCUCUAGACUAAAUGGUGAGCACAAGGACAAAGAUCUAGAACCAUGGGAUGGUGGUGAUGGCACCAAUGAAGAUUUGGAAGCUCUGGAAUCAGAUGUGUCUAAUGGUUGGGAUCCCAAUGAUAUGUUCAGAUUUAAUGAGGAAACUUAUGGCGUGAGAUCAACCUAUGACAGCAGUUUAUCCUCAUAUACAGUACCUUUGGAAAGGGAUAAUUCUGAAGAAUUUUUACGACGUGAAGCUAGAGCAGCUCAACUUGCUGAAGAAAUAGAAUCAAGUGCCCAGUAUAAGGCAAGAGUUGCAUUAGAAAAUGACGAGAGGACGGAAGAGGAGAAAUACACAGCUGUACAAAGAUCUCCGAAUGAAAAAGAGAGCCAUGCUGUCAGCCCCAGGGAGAAUAAAUACAUUCCACCAGGGCAAAGAAAUAGGGAUGGAAUGUCUUGGGGAAGUACAAGACAGCAUUCACCAAGGAUUGGACAGUCCAGCUCAGGCCCACCGCCUUCCCGGGCUGGAUCUCAUACACCAGAUUACAAUCCUAAUUCUGGGACAGACCAAAGAGUUGUUAAUGGAGGUGUUGCCUGGCCAUCGCCUUGCCCAUCUCCUUCCUCACGCCCACCUUCUCGCUACCAAUCAGCUCCCAACUCUCUUCCACCUCGGGCAGCCACUCCUACCAGGCCGCCCUCCAGGCCCCCUUCACGGCCUUCAAGGCCUCCGUCUCACCCCUCUGCUCAUGGUUCUCCAGCUCCUGUCUCUACUAUGCCUAAACGCAUGUCUUCAGAAGGUCCGCCACGAAUGUCUCCGAAGGCACAGCGCCAUCCUCGUCAUAGAGGUCCCUCUGGUCGAACUGGCAUGUCUUCAGGUUCAGAUUUCAUAGGCCACAAUGUAUCUGGAGAAAUUUCUGCUCCUGUCCCACGAAACAGCCCUUCAGGAGGGACUUGGUCAUCUGUCGUCAGUGGAGGGUCAAGUGCCCGUUUAUCUCCCAAAACACACCGACCACGAUCUCCUAGACAUGGUAACCAACCAUCCCAGUAUAGUCCUGGAAAUGCUUCAAGUGGAAUGACCUUAUCUUCUCCACAGGCUGGCAGUGUCCCAGCUGAAUCUCUAGCCAUGCCUGCUGCCGCUGUUUCUCCUACAUCAGCCAGCCCUGCUGUGAAUAGAGCUGUCACCCCAUCAUCUGAAGCUAAGGAAACCAGACUUCAGGAACAGAAGCAGAAUUCCCCCUCUGUAAACAAAGAGAAUCCAAAGCCUGUUGAAAUCUGUAAUACUCCCCCUAGCUUAACCAAACCAGGAAUCAAGGCUACAUCUCCAUUGGUUUCAGAUCAUAAGAAACAAAUAGCAGAUUUAAAAAAAUUCAGGGAAGAUUUUAGAUUGCAGACUACUCCAAUCAAUGAUCCAGUUGUGGAUCAAUUCAAGUCCAGAGAGAGUAUAGAUAACCAAUCUAGGGAUCCAAUCAAGGAGAAGAUAACAGUGAUUGAACCGGCUAGCAAAGAAUCUGUCAGUGAGAGCAGUUCAAAUGCAAACACCAGCAAUGGCAGCAGCAAACCAAGCAGUCCCAGUGCUUCCCCGAAUAUAAUCAGCUCUGAACAGAAGAGAGGACCAGAUGUAACUUCCCAGGCAGUCCAGACUACUGGUCCAACUAGUAAGCCGGAAAAAGAAGAAAAGGAGGAUAAAAAGGAAGGUACACCAGAACAAGUUAGAAAAUCUACAUUGAAUCCAAAUGCUAAAGAGUUCAAUCCCAAGACUUUCUAUACUCCUCCUAAGCCAACAACCACACCAACACCGCCACGUCCUCAAGCCCAACCUAGCCCAUCUAUUGUGGUCCAGCAACAUCCUCCGACGGUGUACAAUCAGCCAAUGUGUUAUGCACAGAAUGUGGUAUACCCAGUUCCAGUUAGCCCAGGAGUACAGACUACUCACAUGUAUCAUGUUCCUAUGACUCCAAUGCCAAUCAACCAAGCCAAGUCAUAUAGAGCAGGUAAAGUACCAACCAUGCCGCAACAGCGACCAGAUCAGCACCACCCUCAGGGCACACCAACUAUAAUGCAUCCAGUUAGUGCAGCUGGCCAGAUUGUUUCGACUGCUCCAGCUUAUUCACAAUAUGUUACUUAUAACCCUCAACAGUUUCCUAACCAACCCCUUGUACAGUCUGUAGCACAUUAUCAAUCACAGCCUCAGAUGUACAGCCAAGUAAUGCAGAGUAAUGCUCGAAUGAUGGCACCGCCUGGUCAUGGGCAACCAGGAAUGGUCCCUUCAUCUACAGCACAGUAUCCUGCUGCUGAACAGACACAUGCUAUGUAUGUGUCUCCAGGCCCAAUUCAUCAGCAGUUUGCACCCCACCCAACUGCUACCCUACAUCCACAUGCUCCACACCCACAACCAUCUGCAACCCCAACUGGACAGCAACAAGGACAGCACGGUGGCAGUCAUCCAGCACAGAGCCCAGUCCAGCAUCCUCAACAUCAAGCUCCUCAGACUCUUCACUUGGGCAACCCUCAACAGCAACAAGCAAUUUAUCACACAACUCUUACACCAACUCCUCCCUCUAUGACACAAGGUCCUAGUCCACAGUCUCCUCAGACUAGCUUUCCAUCAGCACAGCAGACAGUCUACACACUUCACCCUCAGCAGGUGCAGCAUGGAUAUUCAAAUCCGCCACAUAUGACACAUGUACCACAGGCACAUGUACAGUCUGGAAUGGGCCCUCCCCACCACCCUGCUGCUACCCAUCCUCCCAUGAUGCUAAUGCCUGCACAGCCACCAGGUGGUCAAGGUGCCAUUCCUCAGAAUGCACUGCCACCCAUUCCAGUUUCCUCAACUACACACUUCUCUUACAUGGCACACCCCCAAGUACAAGCCCAUCAUCAGCAGCAGUUGUAGUCCUGUCCAGCAGUAACCACAGGCUGGCCAGUUGAAGCUACACAUCCUUCCCUACCCUAAAACCUGGAACCAGAAGCACAGAAUACUAGAAAUUGUCUUCUCAUGCUAAACCAUGUGCUGUCACACAACAUCCAGCAGGAACGUGUUGCCGUGUGAUUCGGUAGCUGCCCUUGUGAAGAAGGCAAGAUAAACUGGCAAGAAAGAAAUAAGAGCCAAGUUCAAAUCUGGAAUCAGUGUGUCUUAUCAACAGCCUUACAAAAUGCCCCAAAUCUGCUUUCUGAUAACUGGAAUGUAUUUAUUUUGCCUGACCCUUCUAAGUUAUGAACUUCCCAUGGUGAAAGAACUAAUAAAAUUGUUUGUUCCUGCUGCAAGCCAUCCAGAUUUGGCAAACCAGAACUCUCUGCUUCUAACCAAACUUGAACUCUAUCUUAUAACAAAAUCCGGAUGUGAACUGGUGGUUUAUUUAUGAAUAGAGGUUCCUGGAGGAGAGCACUGUCACCAGACAGUGAUGUAACUUUUAAGUUAAAUAACUUUUACUUUGUAGAUAAUAAAAAAAAAAUUUAAAAAACCAAAAAAAAUAAAGUUUUAAAAACUGA